AUGGGGCGGCGAGGCCGCGAGGAGGAGGCGCAGAGGAUUGAGGCAGAGGAGGCCGAGCGGCAGCAGAAGGCGAAACAGCAGGAGAAGGAGCGCCUGCAGAAGGAGGAGGCGCAGAGGAUAGAGGCAGAGGAGGCCGAGCGGCAGCAGAGGGCGAAACAGCAGGAGAUGGAAAGACUGCGGGAGGAGGAGGCGCAGAGGGAGGCCGAGCGGCAGCAGAGUGCGAAACAGGAGGAGAUGGAGCGACUGCGGGAGGAGGAGGCGCAGAGUAAGGAGGCGGAGGAGGCCGAACGGCAGCAUAGCGAGCAAGAAGAGCGGCGGCAGACGGAGGCAGAGGUUGCCGAACAGGAGCAGAAGCGAGAGCAGCGUCGAGCAGAGAAGAGGGCGAGACUUGCAUCAUGCGCGGAGGAGCGGCGGCUUCUGGAGGCGAAGGCAAAGGCUAUGGCGGAAGAGACGGAACGUUUGGCACGGGAGAUGGAGGAGGAAGAUUCGACCAUGCAGGGGGAGGGGACAGGGGAGGGAGUCGAGGAGGAAAUAACAAAGAGCCUGGGGAGGGUGAGGUUGGAAGAGAGAGGGGAGGCGAAUGUAGCAGACGGCGUGCCAAAAGUUCAGGGACAGAAGAUAGAGGUGUCCAGGAGACGGCCUGGGCAGGAGGACAGGGAGCCGGAGGGUCAUGCGGCUAAGAGACGGCGUGCAGUUGCCACACAGGAAUUCUCACUCGUUCAAACCAACACGGGUGCUGAUCGGCAGCAGCCGGGGGAUGGCUUUCGCGUUGCUGCCUGCGCUGCUGUUGGAAUAACUGCGUGGCAGAAGAUCGUGGGAGGCGUGGAUGGCGAAAACGGCUAUUCUACGGAAGAACAUGCGGUCGGAAUCGCUGCCACGUUGUCUGUACUGUGGGAUGCCUCCACGAAUGUGGCCCGAACCCAGUGGGAGACGGGCGCAUCAUCUGCAGCGCUAAAAACUUCCACGGCAAUCGCCACUUCCGCUGCCAACACGGUCUCUGCUGCCACCGCCUCUUCUGCUGCCACGUCAUCUUCUGCUGUAGCCGGAUCCUCUGCCGUCCUCGAUGCCCUUGCGCCGCUUGCAGCCUCGGUUGCUUGCGUUGCAGUAGAUGCGAUGGAAUCGGUCAAGGAUCAGGAGCAUGACAAAGAAGCGUGGAUCCAGCCCCUGUCGGAUGCACUGCUGAGUGCGCGUCCGGCAGAGUCGCGCACGGGCGGGGAUACGAAGCGGAUGACGAGGGUGGUGGCAAAGGUGGUGACCUCUUGGUGCCUAUGCAGCAUGGCAUCAAGAGGCCUUCGCCAGCACCAGGGCGUCAGCCUCGUAGUCCUGCAGAAGAAAUUGGGCACCCGGGACACUACAAUCGGGGCGGAUAAGGAGAAGAAGACCAAGAAGUCGGCCGCGAAGGGGAACGCGACGAAGGGUGCGUCGACGGAGGGGAACACCAGCACCGGCGGACAGGAGUGA